AUUAAGUUUCUACAAUAUCAUGAAAAAUAGUAUCGAAGUAUUUUACAGUUUUCGUAAAGUCCGUGUCUCCGUGAUUGAAAAUUAAAAUAAUUUUAGAAUCUAUCUAUUCUGAUUCAGUGUUAUAAUUAAAUCAAUGAUAAUAUUUAAGAUUUAUAAUUACAAUUUAGGUACUAUAUUGAGAGCCAUAGAACUAAGAAGAAGAUCUUCUUUACGUCGUGUUUUUAAUAUGAUGUAUACCUUAAGCUAAACUGUGUUUGUAAAGAAGUAAUUUGUUAAUUCAGUGUCCCGGACCACUUUGAAUAACAUACCUGAUUCAGAUUUGUAUAGACACUCAUCUGCUGCAAUUAACUAAAUAAUUGAACUAGUAGUUUGUGUGUAGUUUAAAUGGAUACAACUGAAGAAGCUAUGGAUGAAUUACAAAUUGAAAAACCCAACAAUGAAAUUAGUGAAUUACAAAUUGAAAAACCCAGCGAUGAAGUUUGUGAAUUACAAAUUGAAAAACCCAUCAAUGAAAUUGGCGAAUUACAAAUUGAAAAACCCAAUGAUGAAAUUAGUGAAUUACAAAUUGAAAAACCCAGCGAUGAAGUUUGUGAAUUACAAAUUGAAAAACCCAACAAUGAAAUUGGUGAAUUGCAAAUUGAAAAAUCUAACAGUGAAAUUUGUGAAUUACAAAUUGAGAAACCCAACGAUAGAAUUGGUGAAUCACAAAUUGAAAUCUCUGACACUGAAAUUUGUGAUUUAGAAACUGAAAACUCUGACACUGAAAUGUGUAAUUUAGAAAUUAAAAACAUUAACAGUAAAAUUUGUGAUUUAGAAACUGAAGACCCUAACAAUGAAAUUUGUGAAUUACAAAUUGAAAACCCGGUCAACAAAAUUUGUGAAUUACAAAUUGAGAAACCCAACGAUGGAAAUGGUGAAUCACAAAUUGAAAUCUCUGACACUGAAAUUUGUGAUUUAGAAACUGAAAACUCUGACACUGAAAUGUGUGAUUUAGAAAUUAAAAACAUUAACAGUAAAAUUUGUGAUUUAGAAACUGAAGACCCUAACAAUGAAAUUUGUGAAUUACAAAUUGAGAAACCCAACGAUGAAAUUGAUGAAUCACGAAUUGAAAUCUCCGACACUGAAAUUUGUGAUUUAGAAUCUGAAAACUCUGACACUGAAAUGUGUGAUUUAGAUAUUAAAAACAUUGACAGUAAAAUUCGUGAUUUAGAAACUGAAGACCCUAACAAUGAAAUUAUUGAAUUAGAAAAUGAAGACUCUGACAUUGAAAUGUAUGAUUUAACACUUGAUAAUCCUGACAGUGAAACUGAUGAAUUACAAGCUGAAAACCCUGACACUGAAAUGUAUGAUUUAACACUUGAUAAUGCUGACAGUGAAACUGAUGAAUUAUCAACUGAAAUCCAUGAAACGUAUGAUUUAACACUUGAUAACUCUGACAGUGAAAUGUAUGAUUUAACAACUGAUGAUACCGACGUCAUUGAAAUUUGUGAUUUAACUGAAGAUAACGACGACGAUGUAAUUUGUGUAUCUCAAGUUGAAGGAGUCAACAAUUAUGGAACUUGUGAUUGCAAUGAUGAAGAAUGUGUUGGGUGCUUUUGGCCCUGCGAAUCGUGCUUGUCAAACAAAUGUGGACACCAAUGCCGUAUCAAUCGUGAGUGGAAGUAUGAAAAAUGGAUAAGACAAGGAAGACGUCUUAAAAACUAAUUUGUAUCUAAAUUUACAAUAUAAUUAUUGUAUGAUAAUAUUGUAAAUAAAUUGUUUAUUUUUAUCAUUCAACAAAUUUGUGUAUGAAUAAACAAAUAAAUCUUGGAGUUAUUCAGCA